CUGGAAAGUCUUUUUAUGUAAGACUGAAGAAAAAGCGCCACCGAGAGCCAGCAGAUCCAGAGUUAUGGAACCGUCGGGGAAUAUUUCCGGGACAGAGAAAGUGGCUUUGAACGCGAUGAGAAGGGUUUUCCGAAGAUUGAUCAAUCGGGUCGAUGCUAACAACAAAGAAGAAGAGGAAUUUCUGGAGAAUAAAAUCCAAGAAACAUCCGUGACUCAGGCUCAACAUCAACAACAGAUUGCUUAUCACAACAUGGAGAAAAAGACUGAAAAAGCGGAGACAAGAAAUUCUGUUUUGCAGGAAAUCUCAGUCAGGGAACAGAUAUUGAAUGCGGAGAAGAAGUUGAAAAGGGCCAGAGAUCUAGAUGAGAAACAGGAGGAACUGGAGAUUUUAGCCAAGCAAAUCGAGCUGAGAGCAAAACUUGUGGAAUUGAAGGAAAGGAAGCUUGUCAGGAAAGAGAAAGAACUUGAGCUCAGGGAAGAGCUUUUGGAAUUGAGUAAGAAAACCGGAGGAAAUUCCGAUUUCCGAGGAGGAGCAUCUUCCCUGAAACUGUUGGAUUCAGCAAAUCAUCAGCCUGAAUCUGUUGGAUUAAGAAAAAAAAUUCACGCGCAUGCCAAGAAUUCCAGUGCAAUUUACAAGUUUUGUCAAUGCACAAGGCCCAUAAAAAAUCGAAAGAUUGCUUCAGGUGAUUUACUAGAGGUAGACAUCCCAGCUUCCUCAUGGAUGAAAACUUUGAAGAUUGAAUUUCACUCUGCCAAAAAAGAUGAGGUGGAAAUUAUUCGGGUUAGUUUACCAAAUCAGAGUACUGUUGGCGAUCUACUCAACAAAAUAAAAACGAUGGUAGAAUUGUCAAAACCGGAUGCAGAGCUUAGGUUGGUGGAGGUUUACUUACAUAAGCUAUGUAAGGUAAAGAUCUCUCACCUCUGUGAGAAGAUUGAAAACAUAAAUGAUCAAAAGGGCAGAAUUCGUGCUGAAGAGAUUCCAGAUGAAGAAAAGAACCUUGGUCCACGUGACAUUUUAAUUUGUGUGUAUCAUUUUACACUACGAACAACACUACAUCGUCAGAGAAUUCAGAACUUUGGAGAACCUUUUUUCCUGGUCAUUCAUGAGAGUGAAACUUUAGCUGAAAUUAAGCCCCGCAUCCAGAAAAGGUUGCAAGUUCCGUAUGAGGAAUUUUCAAAGUGGAAGUUUGCAUUUGUAGUAUUCGGAGGGUUCCCGGAGUAUCUUCAGGACACCGAUGACAUAUUUAAGCGGUUUCAGUGGAGAGCUUCUACUGGCUCUUUUGUGCAGUACCUUGGGUUGGAGCAUUCUGAUACCACUCCUCCUCAAAAGGCUAUCGUUCCAGAAUCAUCAUGCCUUUGAGUAGCAGCCUUCUGGAAAAUACAAUUCAGGGAUGUUGGGAGCAUAGCAACGAGUUUGUACAUCUAAUCCGAUUCAGAGCUGGAUAUGUAAAAUGUUGCGACUUGUGUUGAGAGAGGUGGCUUGAGUGUUUGUGCAUCUUUGUUUUCUUUCCUUUCCAGUUCCUGGAAAAAAUUGUUUUACUUUUAUCUUCGAAUGGAACUUUUCUGUUGGAUCUUGUUUGGUGUUUUUCAUAAAAAAGAUUGAUGUGUUUCCUCUUUUUA